CAGGGCGUCAGGGUAUCGUCCAAGAAGCUGUUGCUCCACUUGGAAACCUCCGGCUCAGUUAAACCUCGCCUCUGCCCCCUGUGGACUUGCAGACUUGGUUCCAAAAUAUGCCCGUUUUGGUAUCUUGGUGAACUUACCCGACUUAGACUCUGCUGCACCACGCCCAAAAGUCCCUAGGUUCAGGAACUUCACCUCUCUGUCUCUUGUGCCUCACGAUGGCUGCGAUGCACGGGAGUGGGUCAUUCCCAAGUUUAGCAACCCCUGUAACCUCACUUGUUCCCUCGUCGCCCGCCUCCGCCAGGCCCUUCCCAAUGGGUGCCCGCUCGUCAUCACAGACCACGUCCCCCAAUGAUACUUCGAAUUUUGGUGUUCAGCAGUCUACAGCGCCUGUAUAUUCAACAGUACAGUUCCCAGGACUUUCUAAUUGGCCCCUUUCCACCACCCUGGUCCUGGUCUGCCAUGCCAUCACUGAUCCAGGAUGCUCUGAAUGGGUGGUAGAGAUGCAGAUGCACAGAAAGAAAGUCUCCUGCAGCCUUUUCGUUCUCCAGUCUGGCAGGGAUGGUGAGAAGCAGCAGACCCUGUUGCCUCCACCCUCGCCUCAAGUCUUGUUCUCGAUUCCCCAUUGCCAGUGCUUUUGAGGUCGGUAGUGGUUGUGGCCAAAUACACUUGCAUACAGAUCUCCCUCUCCUUCUAACUUAUAUGACCCGUGUGCCCUCCCUCCUCACGCGAGUGACUCCGUCUUCGCUGGUCGUCUCAUGAGUCUAUGUGCCAAUCGCACUGUUGGUGUUGUUAUGCCGGCUGUCUUAACAACUCUUGUGUAAUCUUCUCGCCAUCCUCUUGUAUCAUUCCUUUCUGUGCUACCUUUUGUCCCGCACGCGAUAUCAGUGCAUCCCCUCGAGACCAUCUCGGUGCUGCCAUCCGGUCAUACAGCUUCGAACUAUUAGCGAAACGUUUGCUAUGUUGUAACAACGCUUAAUCAAUUCAACCUUGACCUCGACCUCGACCUCGCUCUCCUUGGAACUAAACGGAAAAGAGCGACGUUGGAUAGUCUCUAAUUCACUGUUCUUGGUCUUGGAGUAUCUAUUAACGGCAUAAUACGACCUGUGAAGGACCGGCACCGCAUACCCAUUCACGACAUUGUAACGGCUUCUCCUACUCAUUUCAACAUGGCCAACAACACAUCGGGGGUCAACCUUUGCCCUCCGCCGUUUUGGGAUGCCGCGUUAUUCCCUUCUGAGGGCGGAUGUAAGCGAGCUGCGAAUUGGAAACCUUGAAUGAUCCCUCUGACAGACGUCUAGUUAUCGAUGGGCGCCUCUGCCAAACAGUAGCAACUAUCCAGUGUUGUCUGCCUUGUCCAAUGACGGAUUGGGUCUACCCUGAUCGCUUCGACACCUUGACGGCGAUUGCGAACUGGGUUUCGCUCUUCAGCCAGAUAUGUUGUAUCUUCCUUCUUUUAUCAUGGGCAUUCUUGCCUGUAGAAAAGACCAACCGCCAUUACCUGAGCAUCUGUCUUACAGUCGCCAUUUUGCUUAUGAAUAUGGGUUUCGUGAUUCCUCUUGCAGCACAACCAGAGCAAUGUUACAACACGAUCACUCCGCAUAGCAUGCAGACUAGCAAGGUCUGUGGCGCCUCUGGUACCUUUCUCCUUCUUGGUGGUUGGGCAGGUAUCAUGUGGGUAUUUCUUAGGUCGGUAUCGCUUCACCUACAGAUAUGCUGGCAAGUUCUCGUUGGCAAGAACUUCAUGAUCUUUGCUCAGGCAGCUGGAUGGGGCGUUCCUAUCCUGGGUAUAAUCCUGGCUCUCGUCUUUAGCGGCGUUUCGUUCCGCUUUGGUGCUACAUGCCAUAUCAAUCAUGAGAACAGUCUGGCCGACUUUUGGAUCCCGCUUCUCCUGUUCGCUGGACUGACCGUUAUUAUUACUUUUGCCACCUUUGGUUACUGUAUCAAGGUCUACUUGGCAUCAUUGUCUGACAACGGCGCAUCCUCCGAGGGCUCUAGCUUGCCCACUUAUACACAAAGCAUCAAGACCAUGAACCCAAGGCAGGUCUACCGUCGAGUUCGUCGAGUUAUCGCACUCCAAUGGCGUGGUAUUGCCAUAGUGCUCAUCAUCAUUGCUGAUGUCAUCUUUUUCUCUGUCGUUUUUGUCUUCCAAGACAACGUGGUUCAAUCUGUUGCCGACGAUCCCACCAAGGCAGGCGCUUUCGUCAAAUGUCUCUUCAAAGAAAAGGGCAAAAAGGAACCUUGUCUAGACGAGGCAUCCUCGCUGGUCAUCAACGAAGCGACUGUCACGGCUGUUCUCCUUCUCUUGGCGCUGAAUGGUCUCUGGCUGAUCCUCUUCCUCGGAAGAUGGUCCAUGGUUCAAGGCUGGAUUGACUUGAUCAAGAAGCCAUUUACUCGGAACAAGAAGGAAUUUGUGUCGGUCGACGCACGUGUCGACGUAAAGAACCAUCCACGUUCGUACGAGAUGCUCUCAAGAGAUUCGAGCGCGGCAGUAACACCCAUUACUCCAGUAAAGUCCCCAGAGAGUGGACGCAGAACUCCUGAUUACUUCGGUUCGACUGCACGCUAUCAUGCGCCAGUGCGUUCGUUUUCGAGCCCCAGGCCUCCGCCUACUGGGCGGGAGACGGGAGAUUCAUAUCCGAUGCCGACUUAUAGCAAAGAGAUGAACCCCCUUGCCAUGAACCGAACAUGAUGAGGGCUGACCGCACAUACGAAAGAGUUCAGAGGAGACUACUAAUGCAUGAAUGUACUUACAUAUAAUCUAUAUAUACCCCCGGAAACGGCAAAUCGCACGCUGGCUCGGAUGAUACCCAAAAUGAUGAUGGCCGCAGAGCGAUGAAGACCGUCCGCCGCAAUUCCUAUCCAUAUCAGGUUUAGGAGAUUGACACCAACGACUGCAUUUACUUUGUUAAGCAAUCUUGAAAUGGGAAUGUCCAUCAAUGCGACAGCGAGGUGUUUGCGCUUUUGCAAUUCGACACGGGAAAAUAAAGGAGGAACAGCAAUUGAGGAAAUGUCGAUGUGACGAAUCAGCCGACCAGACUCGUGACGCAAGGCAAAGGAAGAAGGGGAAAUGUAAUGGUGAGUCUGUGACUCCAUAUAUAGAAUGGUAUUGUCUCAGACAUUCGUCCUUCCGCGGGAAUAUGCACGGAUGGGCGGAGAUAAGACGACUAUGUCUCGUGCCAGCUGAUUCAUGAUGCCAGUGUUGCAAAUCAGUGCGACCCCGAGUUUCCAACAUUGGCUGGGCAAAAGCUGGGAAUGGCAAAGACAAAAGCUGAUCUGAAUCAUGGAGGAGCCAAGCAGGGCAAGUACCGGAAGCUGCGGAUUCAGGAACACUGCAAUGGAGUUAUGCGGGCACCGAGAACGAAUCAUCGUGUUCGAGUUCGGCGAUACGGGCUUUUAUUGAGAUGCCAAGCACCGCCAUGCGAUCUUCCCUGAUCUGGGUUGUUUGACAUGCGCCUGAUCAUGACAUUUUCAUAGAGGUGAUGCGGGAUACAAGGUGUCAAUUACUUAAUAAUGUCAAGCUACAAAGAUGAGAAAA